UUGCCGUUCCCGUGCUCACAGGCCAUUGCAGGCGGCGCGGCUGCUUUCAGGUUUUCAUUCUUUCCUCGGUUGCUGCCAGUUCAGUUAUUGAGAGACUACGAUCGAGUGUGGACGUGUUUUCGAGUUUGCUGUCGGUUUUUUUUCUUUUCUGAUUUCCUUCAACAACAAAAAACAAGUGAGUCGGUCGGCGUUCUGUGUCGGAUUUCGGAAAUUGUACCACAAUCGAGUGUACUUUAAAGUAUUCAAAGUUUGAGAAAGGGUAGUUCUGCUAAAGGGGGUAGCAUUUGUGCUGAUCGUGAUUCCCGUACGGGGAUUAGAAACUUUGAAUAAAAUGUUUGUUAAGUGUGUGAUGUGAAUGCAGUAGUGCAGGGGAUUUCAACUUGCGAAUUGAGAAGAGCAAAAAAUAAGACCACGGGGGUAUUAUGCGAAUGCACUUUUGAAAUAAACCAAAUCGGAAGCAGAUAGCAGUGAUCAUGGCAGCCACCAAGGGUUUCUUCGAUCGCCUACUGAGAUUAAUGCUGUCAGUUUUGGUGUUGGAUUCGGUGCGGGCAGUGGAAGAGCUCAAGUGUGAACUGAUUACAGUGGCAGCCUGUCAGAAUUUGGUGUACAACAUGACGGUCGCCUCGGCACCUCUGACGGUGACGGUGGCCUCCAACGGAUCGGGAAACUCAAGCUCCGGCGAAGCAGGCGACUCGACCGGUAUCCGGUCCCAGAUGGACGCAGAACUGCUGAUUACAUCCCUCCGGCCAGUGAUCGAUUCGGGCUGCUCGAAACAGGCCCUGUUCCUGUUCUGUUCGUCGCUGUUUCCGCUCUGCUCGGCCAAUGCACCGCGGCCGGUGCAACCUUGUCGAUCGUUGUGCGAACAGGUUCGCAAGGAUUGCUUCAGUGAUGCCGUCUUCAGCAAAUUGUGGCCCGCCUAUCUGGACUGCCGAACGCUGCCCCAGCCGGAGAACCAUGGGCUCUGUAUGCAGGUUCCUCCGGAAGCCUCCGGCAGUGUCGAGAAGAACGCAACCACCAUCAAGGGUAGUACUGGAGUCAACAACAAUGCGGCCGUUAUCGCUGCCAACCCUUCGGUUGCCGCUGUCCCCCUCAAGCCGUGGUCCAUCUUCAAUCUGCCACCAUUGCCACACGGUGCUGCUGCUGGUGGAGGCGGCGUAGGAGGUGCCGUGCUGCAUCCAAACGCGAUAAUCGAGCCAGGUGCGACACGACCGCCACAUCAUUCCCACCACCAUCACCAGAUUCCGAUUAGCGGCGGCUGUCCGGCAAACUAUUCGCUCGAGUAUGACCAGUGCGUGCCGAAGUGCGGUUCGACCGUCGAUGCCAUGUACAGCGGCCAGCAGAAGGAAGUGAUCGAGUUCUGGACCCUGAUUCUGUCGGCUGGUUGUUUCAUUUUCACACUAAUGUCGCUGGUCACCUUCUGGACGAAGGCAACGAAGUUCGAGUAUCCGGACCGGCCGCUGCUUUUCAUGACCUUGUGCUACAAUCUGAUGGGUUUGUGCUACCUGGAACGCACCAUCCUUCAUAAUCCCCGCAAAGAGCUGAUCGAUCUGUUGGAGUUCCGCCAGGAAUGUACCAUCACUUCCCAGUGUUUGGCUUAUUACAUCAUCAAAAACUACCUGCUGAUCAGUGCCACCACUUGGUGGCUAAUCUUUGGAGUGUGCUGGUAUCUGAGCACUGCGAAGCAGUGGUCGUGUGAAGCUUUGGAGAAAAAAUCCGGCUUGUUCCACGUAAUGGCUUGGGUUGUUCCCUUCACGUCACCCAUCGGAGCGCUGCUGCGAGGAAACAUCACAAAAUACGAGCUCACCAACUUCUGUACCGCCAAAGGAUUCACCGAAAUUCCCGCUCUGAUCCUGCUGCUAGUCGGUGCGGUUCUCAUCUUCCUCGCUUUGAUGGCCCUGAAGCGACUAAAAUCCACCUGGAACCAGAGUGAAACCCUUUCGAAAGUCUUCACGCGGGUGCUGCUCUUCGCCAUCGUGUAUCUAAUUCCAGCACUGUCCGCAGUAAUCUGCACCUUUUUCGAGCGAAUCGAAAAUUCCAUCGAACCGUGUCACUCUGGCGCAACUUGUCCGGUCCCGAAGAAAUUUUCCCUCCUACCGACGCUACUCAAACUGAUUCUUACCCUAGUUGGUGGAUCGACGACCGGCAUCUGGCUGUGGUCCAAACAUUCGACCGACCUGAACAAGAAGUCAUCGUUGACGGGUUCGAACGUCGCCAAUGGAUCGCUUAAAACAGCUCCGCUGUUAAAAAUUCAUCAUCCCUCCAGCGGUCACUUAGGAGGACGCAAUGGAGGAAGUCCUUACCGGGCGACAACCGUAAGCACCGGCGGUGCUGGCCAUUCUGGUUCGAGCUCGGGGGCGAAAAAAUAUCUCUACAAUCAGGCCUACGGAGGACAUCGAAGUUCUUCCGCCGGCGGCGGUGGCUCACACGGUGCCAACAAUGGCUACAUGCCCGUACGGAUACACCGCAGUUUACGAGGCGGAAGUUCGUCCGGUGGGACGACAGCUUCGAUCAUUACGCGCAUCUGAAGACAGAUUGUAAUGUAAAAAAAAAAACAACAACAGCUAACUGUGAUAAAUUGUAUAAAUUU